AUAAAACGCACCUUGGAGGUGCGGUCCAUAAAAAAGGGUGUUAUUUUUGUAAAUAUUUUCGGGUGGGUGCUAUUUUUGUAAUUUUUUUUAAAAGAUGCUAUUUCUAGAAAAAUUCCUAGGAUUGAAGGGGAUGAUGUUCUCGUAUCCUCCCCCGCCGGCUAAUAGUAGAACAAGUCAACAAAUAAUAUUUUAUUUUGACCGUUAGUUAAUGGAUGGAAAAAUGGAUGUACACACAAUUUAAGAACAUUAGUGAUACCCGAUGCCCGAUGCUCUAUUCUAAUUUAAGUGGUAUAACUCCCCCAAUUUUCAAACUUAAGUGCUACCCGAGGUAUUUUACCCUCACUUUUGACGAUAGACUCUAAUAAGUAAAGUAAUAAUGGGAAUUUUUCCCAAAUUGUUUGUGAAAAAAAACUCAACGUACAUAAAUUUGGGCUAGAUCACGGCUGGGCUUAGAGGUAAAUUGCAUCGCUGGAAGCUAAAGUGAUCUAUGUCAGUCGCUUAAAACCUAAGCGAUCCACUUAUUAAAAGAAACUAGCAUGGAGCCCGGCUAGUUGGUCGGAGGAGUUGAGUUAUGAAAUUUGAUAAGGGUUAAUACCUUAGUUCGGCUCGAAGUUAAGUGUAAAAGACAGUUCUGACCUCAUUUUUCAAAUAAGACAUUUAUGGCCUACUUUUGAAAUUAUUAGACAAAUUUGGCACGAUACUUGUGUUGACUAUUAAUAUUAACAGUCAAACGUUUAUUCCGUCAAUGACUCAGCAUCCAAUGAUGAAGUUGCAGUGAGGUAGCUUCCAUGUCAUUUUUAUUUCAAUUAUUUAUUUCAAUCUUUUUUUAGUUCUUAAAAACUUGAAAAAUAAAAAUAAAAACCCUAAUCUAAACCCCCUCCUCCGAUCUCCCCCUCGCCUCCGUAGAUCUAAAUUCACCGGUGACCCUCCCCCUCUACUCCGCCACCAUUCCUGAAGGCUGAAAUGGCUUCGAUCCAUCUCAUCUUCUCCCCUACGCACCACGGUUGUUCUCCCUUCCAGAACGGCAACUUUGUUGUUGUUCAUCUUCAUCAUUCUCCCCCACCGAAACAAAAAAUUAGUGGAAAACCUUCUCUCAACUCAAUAUAAUCUUCCCAUUGCUUCGCUUCCCAGAUAAUUCCUCUCAACUUCCAAAAUCCCUUUUCACCUAUCCUUGAUCGAUGUCUGAAAGUAGAAAUGUUGGCCACAACAACAUGAGGAGGAAGCAGAUCUUUCGAAGGAGAUCGACUGCAACCAUCGGGAUCUGGCGGAGAGAUGAUGGUGAUUGACGACGACGGAGCGCCAACUUACCUACGGAGGAUGGCGUCAAUCUCUACAACAAUGGCGUCGAGAGUGACGAAGCAGAUCAAGGGUUGCGGUCACGAGGAAUGGCAUCGAUCUUUACGACGAUGGCUCCGAGGGCGCAAUGUAGAUCUGGAAAAUGACCACAAGCAAGGCGGGGGCGUCGAGGCUUUGGGAGAUUGAACAAAGGAAGUCGAUGGUGGAGGGAAGAUGAAGGGCGCGGCGGCGGAGGCUCCAAGGGCGCGAUGUGUCUCUGGGAAACGACCACAAUCAAGGCGGCGGCGUCGAGGCUGUGGGAGGCUGAACGAAGGAGGUCGAUGGUGAAGGGAAGAUCGAGGGUGCGGCGGCGGAAGCUCAAGGAAGAUGAGUGGCGGAAGAAUGGGGAAAGUAGGGAUUUUGACCGGAAGUCAAGAGAGAAGUAGGGUUUUUCCCCGAACAAUUUGUUGCUAUGUUUUUUUUCAGAAAAUUAAAUAUAUAAUUAUUUAAUGAUGUGGUGAUCAAACAUCAGCCACGUCAGCAGUAUUUUGCUGAGUCAUUAAGGCUAAGAAUGUUUGACCGUCAAUAUUAACUGUCAACACAAGUAUCAGGCAAAAUUUGUCUAAUAAAUGUCUUAUUUGAAAAAUGGGGUCAGAACUGCCACUCACGCUAAACUUCGGGCCAAACUAGGGUAUUAAACCAUUUGACAAUGUAAUGGGGUGUAUAGAUUAUUGUUGUAUAGCUUUUUUUAGAAACAUGUGAUAAAGAUAGUGAAUUUUAGCAAAAAAGAUGCAUGCAUUAUGCAAUAAAAAAUCAGUCUUAUGAACCAAGUUCGAGUACGUGUUAGCUUGUGAAACAGUAUUAUUUCUGGUAAUAUGAGGAAGUGGAGUAAGUUUAUAGAAACCAAAUUCUAGAAAACCGAAUAAAAUAUCGCAUAUCCCUCCAGUCUUCGAGAAAUGAGCAUCUCACAAUCGUUGCUAGCUUUUACUCGGCCCGUUGGUCGAUUAAUUUUAUUUAUAAACCUUUUAUCUUGUCGUCAAAGUUAUUAAUUCGAAUGGAACAAUCCAUUCAUCAACUCACAUAAAGGGUUAAAUGGUUAACCUAUGAUCCAACUCGAUUAGCCUAGUUUUCUAAUUUGAAACAUAUAUUAUACUAUUAUUUUAUAUCUUAGUGGCUAAAAUAUAAUGUAUUUUAAAGU